AUGCGACUUAUGUCCCUGUGGCCCGUGUGGCUACUCGCUAACUGCGUGGCGGCUACAGGCGUGCAAUGCAAAUGUGCUCCCUCGGAUCCUUGUUGGCCCUCGGAGGCUGACUGGUCGUCCCUGAACCAGACCGUCUCGGGUCGUUUGCUCAAGACGGAACCUCCUGGUUCCGUCUGCUAUAUGUCCGAGCCGAAUUACAAUCAAUCAGCCUGCGAAUAUCUGAUAAGAAACUGGGCAGACUCGCGGUAUCACUCGUCUAACCCGAUGACGGUUUCCGAUCCCUUGUGGUCCAACAGCAGCUGUACUCCGAUUUACCCCAAUGGAACCAGCGUGUCUGGAAACCCCAAUGCAGGUGCCGAGGGAUGCUCUCUGGGUUAUUUGUCUCCCUAUGUGGUGAACGCAACCACGGCCCAGCAUGUCAAGGCUACUUUGCAGUUCGCGAGGAAGUACAAUAUAAGACUCAAUAUCAAGAAUACUGGACAUAACCCCGAGAAGAGUUCUGCCAGUGGAAGCCUGUCAAUUUGGACACACCACAUGAAACAGUUUCAAGUUCAUCAGUCUUUCAGGCCUGAAAAUUGCAACUCCACAACUCCUCAUAUUGCAGCAACUGUGGGCGCUGGUAUUCAAGAUGGAGAGCUCGUUGAUCAUCUAGCAAAGCGCAAUCUAACAGCUGUCGUUGGAACUAGCUCGGAUGUUGGUGUUACUGGCUGGGCAACCGGGGGUGGUCACGGUAUCUUGACUGGAGUUUAUGGUAUGGGCGCUGAUAAUAUCGUGGAGGCCGCUAUUGUUACACCCAGCGGUGAGCUCAUCACAGCCAACGAAUGCCAAAACAAGGACCUCUUCUGGGCGAUUCGGGGUGGAGGCGGUGGUACCUUUGGGGUCAUUUUAAGUCUUACCGUCAAGGCCUUUCCCACGCCAUCAAUGUCGACAGCUACGGUGUCCAUGAGUGCUCGUAAUGGGACAUCUGGUAAGGUAUGGUGGAAGAUCAUUUCUAGCAUUCACAAGGAAAUGACCAUCCUCCAAGACGCAGGCGUGAUGGGCUAUUACACUGCUGGCGGGGAGCCUUACAGCUUCCAGUAUACGAUGUUCCAGCCCAACACAACUAAUACCAAGUCAAUUGACCGCCUGAUUGAGCCACUCACGAAACAUCUUCAAAGAUACAACGAGACUGUGGAGUCGUCCUCAUCCACCUCUUGGUUACCUACUUGGGAUCUCAUCCAGAAGAUCGCACCGGUUGGUGGCGAUGCCGGUGUCAGUCGUGGAGCGCGCGCCACUCGACUUCUUCCUCGUCAAAUAGUUGAGGAUCCAGACUCCCUUGCAAAGUUGUUUGAGGUCAUUGGGGAGAGAGAUGAAACCGUCGCAGAUGGAGUUUCUAGUCCCUCUAUUUCGGGUACCAUGACUAUCAGUCACAAGCCAGUUGAUAGCGCCUUGAACCCGGCUUGGAGGAAUGCCGCUGUUCACUUGAUCAGUGGUGUUGAAUGGAACGAUACGCUGCCUUCUUCCGAGGCCAGACAUGCUAUUGCGCGUGUGACAAAUUCGACCGGAUAUGCCAUGCGACAGCUGGCGCUCGACUCUGGCGUCUACUACAAUGAGGCCAACCCCUGGGAGCCUGACUGGCAGUGGGCUUUCUGGGGUCCCAACUACCCCCGAAUUCUUUCAAUCAAGAAGAAGUACGACCCGGAGAAUCUUUUGUGGUGCCGCCACUGUGUGGGAAGCGAGUCUAUGGUGCAGCAGAAGGAUGGCUCACUCUGCUCCGCGGUUUGA